UUAAUCUAGAUGUGCGUCCUGCGUAUCCGACGCACAUAUUGUACAGAAUACGCAAAGUAAUAAAAAAUGUGCGUCCUCAAAGACGCAUAAAAAAAAUCGCGGACGCAAAAAAAUAGCGGCGCUAUACCUAUAAAUUAUGUCUUCGCCGUUCACGAUGAUUAUUUAUACCGACACCGUUCAUUCUGUAGCGUGUUAUAUAAAAGGUAAUUUGAUUGGCUCUCGCAAAUUAGCUAACGAAUCAAACACGCUCUUACAUUAUUCCUUCGGUUUGUUUAUUAUUCAGUUGCCCGUAUGAACGCAACGCAACAGCAAAAAGCAUGCCGCCGAAAAAAAAAAUUAAGAUUGAUCCAAAUCAACGAAAGCUAUCUUUUUCGCCAUCAAACUUCGAGGACGUUGAUAAAAAUAACAACGCCUUGGUUGAACUUGAUAAUAAGAACAACACGUCUACAGUUACGGAGGGUCAAAACAAAGUUCGCCGUGAAUUCAGACAAAAAUGGCUUGGUAAUUAUAGUUGGUUACGUUACGUGGAAACAUCUAAUGACAAGCCAGAUUAUAUGUAUUGUAAUAUAUGUGAACAACAUAAUGUAAAAAAUGGUAUGUGUAAGGCAGCCCAGAACAGAAAUUUUCAGAAUAGUACACUAACAAGACAUGCAGAUCUGCCUGAGCACCGCAAAUUUAUAGUAGCCCCAGCAUUGCAAUCAGACUUUGCAUCAGCAUGUAAAAAAGUUGUAGCUGAACAAGAUAAAGCAAUUAUUGCUAUGAUUCGCAUUUUACAUUGGAUUGUACAAGAAGAUCUACCGCUCACAAAAUUUAAACCAUUGGUUGGGCUAAUGAAUUCUUUUAAUGUUGAAGACAUUGAACUAUUGAACAAAAGUAAAAUUAAUUAUCAGUCACCUGUUGCAGUCAAUGAUUUACUGGACUGUCUUGCAGAAUUUGCCCAGAAUAAUGUGAAUAAAAAACUGAAUUCUUCCGAAUAUGUAACUGUUUUAACAGACGAAAGCACAGACAUCUGCAACAACAAACGGCAAGUUAUCUAUGCUCAAGUGUUAAAUGACAAGUUUUGCCCUGAAACAUUAUAUGUUACUAAUGUAGAAUGCUGUAAUGCAACUGGGGUUGGAAUUGCUCAUGCAGUGCUAGAUGAAAUGAUGAAGAGAGGUGUCUCGGCUAAACAAAUAAUGUCUCUUGGAUCAGAUGGGGCCUCAGCUAUGACAGGGAAAGAGAAAGGUGCUGCAGCAAUUAUGAGAAGAUCUAAUCCUCACAUGCAUAAUGUCCAUUGUGUUGCCCACAAGUUGGCUUUGUGUACAUCACAAGCAGCAGAAAAAGUUCCAAUGAUUAAAAAGCAUCAACAGAUUCUUACAGAUCUUUAUUAUUAUUUCAAGGGCAGUGGUAAGAGAGAAGCACGGUUGCAUAGUAUACAAGAAGUACUUGAUGAUCCAAUAUUGACAGUUAAAGAAAUACAUUCAGUGAGAUGGCUGUCGUAUUUUAAUGCACUGACUGCUGUGUGGCGGACACUUGACAGUCUUUUCACAUAUUUGGCUGAAGCAUCCGUCCAGGAUCCCAAAGCCUUGGGUCUUAAGAAAAAGAUAGCUACAUAUUCUUUUAUUGGGACGUCUUACAUGCUGAUGGACUCCAUGGCACCAUUAACAGUACUGAGUCAGUUUUUUCAAACAGAAAAUGUGGAUGUUGCCCUUGUGAAGGUUAAGCUGGAACAGUGCAUGGAUGAGUUGCAAGAAGUCAGAGAAAUGAAAUCUCCAUACCUGCUUAAACUAAAAGAAGACUUAACUAACAACCACUUUAGGGGGCAUGAAGUAGUUACUUCAAACUUUGAUCUUAAGAAAACAACUGAAGCUUUUGUUGACAAUGUAGUGGAGAAUUUACAAUCUAGGUUUCCCGAGACUGACCUGCUGACUUCCUUUGGAAUUCUAUCCCUUCGGCCAAUCAGCUUCUUAAGUAAGCAAGAACUAGAGGAGUAUGGAUCAGAGGAAAUAAACAUGUUAUGUGACUUUUAUGGACAAGAGAAAACAGUUACAUGGAAAACUGAUGGUGUGACUGAAACAGCAACAUCUCAACCCAUUGUUAAUAUAAGUGAAACAAAAACUGAAUGGUCUUUCUUAAAAAAAGUUGUAUUGGCAGAAAAAUAUCCAAGGGACAAAAUGAGUACUUUGUGGCAGCUAAUCUAUAGAUAUCACAAGGACAACUUUCCAAAUAUGCUUAAACUAGCAGCUCUUGCAAUGACAUCUGCAGUCCAUACUGCUGGCUGUGAAAGAGGCUUUUCAGUCCAAAAUAAAAUUUUAAACAAAGCCAGAAAUAGGUUAACAAUUAGUAAGCAGAACCAAUUAAUAUCUGUUAAGUUGUGCCCUGUGCCUAUUGAUAAUGAAGUAGUUUUGUCAAUUUGGAAACACAAAAAAGAAAGGCGUGUUUAUGAAAUGAAAUAAAGUAAAUAAAUUUGAAGAAGA